AUGGAAUAAUCCCUCAUUAAUAUAUUACAAAAAAAAUUAAUCCAAAAGUCGAGGAUGCUGUUGAUAAAACUUAAAAUAACAAACCUGAAGAUUAAAACUUAAAUAAAGGUGAAUAGAUUAAUCUUAAAUUACAUAAAAGAACAAAAAGAACAAGGAAGAGUUUUAGAUCCAAAAUCUUGAAAUUUGCAAAUAAAUUAGAUUUGGAGGAUAAAAGAUAUGAACUUGACUUUUUACCCUUUUUAAUAUCUGUUUAAGUUAGUUUGUAUCAUGUAUGUAAACUCUUGACACCUUGGUAUUAAGUAGAAAUAAAGAAAUAACCAUUUAGUUCAUUCACCUAAAUGUUAUUAAUCAAUACUUUUCCUGAGAUUAAAAUCUCCUAAUUACCUUGAGAAGCAAGAUUUUAUUUCAAUAUUAUUGCUCAUAGCUCAAUAGGACAACAGUAAAUUAUAGGUUGCACAACUAUGUUUAUAUUUUCAGAAGAGAAAAGAUUUAGAGCUCAUAUGAAUUCAUUAAAUAUCUGGC